AUGGUUAUUCAUCUGACCAUCAGUGGCUUUUCUCAAAGCCACAAUACAGGCAAUAACAGGUUUUGUGACGGCAAAGAUUUUGACUUAGCCACAACACAAUACCACGAACUUUAUAGGCAGUUAAUGACAUUACUUCUUCAUUGCAGGGAUUCUGAAACUGUUCUCACUGGAGUUGACUUUGUACUACUUGGCACAGGAUCAAAUUAUAUGUAUCCAGAGAAUCCUAGGGAGAAACAAUUUGAUUAUCCAUUUCUAGAUGCAAAAGAAGAAUUGAGGGAUUUCGAACCACCGAAAGACUUGAUCGAUUUCCUAGACAAAAAAAAAAGAAAGCCUAUAUAUUUUGGCUAUGGAUCUAUGCAUAGUUUUGGCGAUGCGGAAGGUCGGGUUCGUUUAUGGCUUGAUGUCAUGAAAAAGCUCCCCCAAAACCAGCGUGCUAUAUUUUCCGGUGUAUCAGGUGUAGAAAAUAGCGAAUUGACUGAAGGCAUACAAAAUAAAAAGAUUUAUGUCGUUAAUCACAUUCCUCAUUCAUGGCUAUUCCCAAAAGUUGCAUGUGUUGUCCAUCAUGGUGGCGCAGGAACGACACAUGCCGUAGUUAAGGCAGGAGUUCCGUCGAUCGUGGUACCACACUUUGCCGACCAACCAUGGUGGGCAUCCUUAUUAUACCGGCACGGUCUCACGAUAAAUUCUGGAAUUCCUGCAAAAUCAAUAACGUCGGAUAAAUUAUAUCGUGCUUUACUAGACGUGUUGACCGACGAUGAUGUAAUAGAGAAGGCAUCCGUAUUUGGUGUACGGAUUAGAAAAGAUCAAAGACGAGAUCCAGUAACGAAGAUCGUCAAAUAUAUUGAAAGCUAUUGGGAUAGCUUGAAUUGGGAUACUCUUUCUUUGGAGGAUGAAAAAAGUUAUGCAAGUUCAGAAAGUUCUUAA